AUGAGUCACAUGAAGUUUUUUAAAUAUUUCUCGGAAAAGAAUAGGCAGAAGAAUAACGCCCCCCCGGAGGGCUCCUGCGGCAUGUCAUUUCACAAAAAGAGGUUUCGAAAGUAUUUGAACUUUUUAAUCACCAGAACGAAGGGCAAAAGCAAAAAAAUAAUUACCAACAAGAAGAACAGCCUGGAGGAGGAUGAGCAAAGAGGCGAGAAGAACGGCUGCAUCCCUCCAAUUGAAAACAGCAACGCGCAACAGAAGUCCAUCAAAAUGGACGCAAAUGGAAAGCAUGCAAGUAAGGCAACAAGUGCAAGUUAUGCGAAUAAGGCAACAAGUGCAAAUUAUGCUAAUAAGACAAACAGCGCAAGUUAUGCUAAUAAGGCAAAUAACGCAAAUUAUGCUAGUAAGGCAAAUAAUGCCAACAUUUUAAAAAAGAAAAAUUUUGAUGACAUUUUCGCGCCAGGCAAAAACCUCAAAAUGAGCAAACACAGCAACUGCAUUAUGCACAAGGCAGGGGCGCGCAGUAGUGUGGAGAGGACCAAAUUAUUUAAACUAAAUUACGAUUAUCACAACAAAAGGAGGGGACAUUUAUUCAAGUUCCCAUUUUUAAAGAGAAAUAAUUGCAAAGGGGAGGAAAUUGAGGACUUCAUACACAUGAACACGACUGCAGGACUUGAGUUUUCGACGGAUGCCCAAAUGAACAAUUAUAAAAAUCAGGUAGACAGAUAUGCCUGUGCACAUUCGUAUGGAAACCGAAACAUUUGCAAAAUGUACGCCAAGGGGGGAAAAUUUCAAAAUUCGAAAAAUACGUUUGGAGAGAGUGGAGAGAAUGGAGACAUGUUCACCAAUAACAUGUACAUGUAUGCAAAGACCAUCUUGGAGGACGAAGGUCGGGGGGGGUUGCACAAGCAGAAGUCGGGCACCCCCCUUAAGAAGGCCCAAGCUGCCAAGUCGCCCAAGUUCAAGGCGUUCAAGUCCAACUACUGGACCUUCAGGAGCAGCGCGAAGAACAAGCCCCGCGAGGAGGAAGCGGCCCGCCAGGGGGACGGCCUCACCUCGAACCCCAACGGAAAUGUCUGCUACAAGGACAACAUGGCGAACGCGGCGAACAUUUCCAACACGACCAACUUCACCCUGAUGAACAGGAAGGACAAGAGCAGCCGCGUCUUCAAGCUGAACGACGACUGCCUGUUCCUGCACGACGAGUACGAGAAGCAAAAGAAGGGGAGGUUCAGGAAAACGCUGUCUCUGUCCUAUGGAAGGAGAAAAAAAUCGCUCAGGCCAGACAACUUCACCUUCUUAAAGGUAAUCGGCAGGGGCUCAUACGGAAAAGUGCUGCUUGUAAAGCAUACCCAAAACAACAAGCUCUACGCCAUGAAGAUACUCAGAAAGGAAAACAUCAUUUCACGAAAUCAGUUGGAACAUACCAAAAUUGAGAGGAAUGUAUUAAAAUGCGUCUCUCAUCCGUUUAUUGUCAAAUUGUACUACGCCUUUCAGACCACCAAGAAGUUGUAUUUCAUAUUGGAAUACUGCCCAGGGGGGGAAUUAUUUUUUCACCUAUCCAAAAUGAGAGAGCUUACCGAGGAAGCGGCCAUCUUCUACACUGCGGAGAUCAUCCUAGCUUUGCAGUACUUACACAAGCUAAACAUAAUUUAUAGGGAUGUGAAACCAGAAAAUGUGUUGCUUGACGAAAUGGGCCAUAUAAGGCUAACCGAUUUUGGCCUUUCCAAGGAAGGAAUUUCUGACAACAAUUCUGCCAGGUCGUUGUGUGGUACCCCCGAAUAUUUAGCUCCAGAAAUUAUCGACCAAUGUGGCCAUGGGAAAGCUGUAGACUGGUGGAGCCUGGGCAUCAUGCUGUAUGAAAUGUUAACUGGGAGAUUACCGUUUAACAGUUCCAGUAGGGCUGUCCUGUUCGAAAGAAUCAAACACGAGACGUUGAGGUACCCCUGCUUCCUAUCCCCCGAUGCUGUAGAUUUGCUAAAGAAAUUAUUUGAAAAAAAUCCCAAGAAAAGAUUAGGGUCAGGAGUUACCGACGCAGAAGAAAUUAAGAACCACCCUUUUUUUAAAAAUGUCAACUGGGAUGAUGUCCUGAACAAGAAGGUGAAACCGCCUUUCAAACCCCCCCUGUUUGACCAAAUGGACGUUCAAAAUUUCGACAAGGAGUUUUUGUGCAUGCCGCUGCGGUACUCGGACAAGUUUGACAGCAACCCGAUUGCCGUCAAGUCGCAGAAGAGCUACAUGAUCAAGGGCUUCAACUACAGUUUGUACGACUAG